CCAGGGCAGUAGAAAGCGAACUUUUGCAAAAAACGGAAGCAAAACAAAGAGGGCGAGGGCGAAGUAAACAACUUUCAAUUUUUUUCUGACACCGGAUGAAUCAGAGAAAUGGGCUUCAAGGGCAACUUUCCGCAAAUGGUCCGAGAAACUGGCUUUAAGCUGCGGCAGUUCCGCGACGGUCCUUUGGACUGGAGAUUAAUGGGCUCCUAUGAAACCGAUAGAAUUCUGAAGGAACAGAAUUUCGAGUUGGUGGACAAGGCAUUGGGACACCUAUCGGAGGCACCCUUGGGAACUGUUUUGGAAACUCACAUCCUAGACAGCGGAAUUGCCAAGUACUUUGUGAUGUCGCAGUAUGCUAUUCAGUACCUUAUCUGCUGUCGCACAUAUUUGGAUGAAUGUGUGUCUGACUUGAAGGAGGCUCAUACUUCUGCCCAGCAAGAGAUCGCAACUCUCCGGAAGUCGUUGGGAGAAUCCAACAACGAGGUGGUACAGUUGCACAAAAGAAUAACCCAGAUCGAGGCAAUAAGGGAGGUUGUCUACCCAUGCCACUUGUGUCCGAAGAACUUUAUCAGUAACGAGGCCUUAAAUAUCCACAUUGGUCGCAAACAUCGCAUCGCCCCGCAAUCGCCCAGCCUCACUUCAGCUCCUGGCAAGGACAAGGAUAAGGAUAAAGACAAGGACAACGACGUCCAUUUAAUCAAUACUAUUAAAAUGGAGCUGGAAAUCAAGCAGCUAAAAGAACGCCUCAAUGCCGCCGAGAGAAACAUCAAGGAGCGUAGCACUGGAGGGUCGAAGCGAGUAAGUCCUCGCCAGGAGCAGCGUACCGUUGGCAUUCAAAGCAACCUGGCCGAGUCAAAGGAGAAGGACGAGAACAGCGAAGAUUCCAGGGAGAGCGAAGCCACCGAGCGCAAGCAGCAGCUGACAGGACUUGCCGAGCGUCUUAGCAACUUUGAGGAAUGGCAACUGCAACUAAAGGAAAACAACGAGGUUUUUAUUCAGGAUAUUAAUAAAAAGCUUGAAGGUCUUAGUCAUGCUCUCGAGCAAAGUAAACAGACUUCCGCGACUACGCCCCCCUUGGAGGAUAGAGUGGCCACUCCCAAUCUGGAGGAUUUGGAACGCAUACUUACCGAAAAAGUCGCAGAGAUUGGUAAGAUCAGUGCCAAUAAGCUGGAGGAAGUGGUAUAUCACUUGGAAAUGGGCUACAAGGAUAAAUUAGAAGCAUUAGAACGGGAGCUCAAGCAACUAAGUGCUAGACAAGAGCAACCAGAACCUGUUAAAAUUAUUCCAAACGCAUCUAAAAUACCAAAACCAAUUACCCAGAAAGAAGAAAGCAGCAUGGAUCGCAUCCGAAAGCAAGUGGAAAGGGAAUUUGUAAAUGAGAAACACGAUGAUGACACUUACUCCAUUGAAGAAGCGCCCAGGGAAUCUACGAAAAUCCAGAAGACUACUCAAGUUCAAGUUCACGAGAAAAAGACGGUAGAGCAACCAAGUGGCGAAAGUUCCGGAAGCCAUCCAACUUUUACCAAGCCUGUUGUUGUUUCCGCUCCCAAAAAACUGGAAACUAGGGAAACCACGGAUAUUAGCGAAAGUCUUAGCCAAGAGGAAGCUCUGGAAGAAGAACGAAGCCUUACGGAGGAGGGGAGCGAGAUUUCCAGCUCAGAGUCUGAGGGCCACAAAGAAAGUCAUAGACCGUCAACAGCUACUAAACCUCCCGUGAGGAUAACAAGGGCUCCUCCUAAGCCCCUUACCCGGAAAGAUGCCCGCAAGUUGGUGAACCGUAAACUGAGUCCCCACGGUUUUGAUUUAAAGUCCAAGGGUAUUUCUCACACAUCGCUCAAAAGAGUUAAUUCUGAAUUAGCUGAACAAAGGAACAAAAUAAAAUUGCACUAUCCACAAUUCUAUGCUACCCGGAAUCGCAUACGCAAGUUUGUGGAGAAGCUAUGCUCCGCACGGCUCUCUGAACGUGCCCAAGUAAUACUCAAACACAAGACUCCGUUGAAACCCAUUGAAGCUCCAAAGCGUGGCGUGCUGAAAGCUGGAACAUCUGAAAAAUCUGAGGAAGAUUUAUCUCCACAUACCUCUCACGAUGAAGAAGAAGGUAGCGAAGAAUCGCAAUCUCGUAGUUCUAGUCCGCACCAGCGCUCGAUUGGUCGGGACUUUAAAGCACGUUUAGAGGAGAUUCUGGUCAAGCCGGUGGCCACAACCCGUGGAGCUUCCAAGCCUUCUUUAAGUUCUAAGCCAGUGCCCCUACCUCGAAAGCGGGUGAUGUUCAACACCCUUAAUAGUGGAAAAAGUUUCAAUGAAAGCGAUGAAGACUACAAAUAA